AUGCUAGAAAAGGACUCAGGAUAUGGAGGAAGUUCAACCGCGUCCGAGCUAUGGCACCCUUCGGUCCACGCCGACACCCAUAUUCCCACGACCCCCGAUGGUUCCGAAGCGGAUCGACGCGCGCAGGCCGGUGCUAUUCACCAGCUCUGGUACAAUCAACACCGCGGGUCUCUUGGGAGAUCCAUCACCAAUGCAAUCUCUCUCCUGAAGGAACUGCAAGAAAUGAAUGCCACCUGGCCGGCGCACUAUCCCUCGGUGCAGAAGGCGGAGACUAGACACAGCUCGAGGCCCUCUUCUCGACAGGGCCUCGUCCAUACGUCCACCGCAGUCGGCGAGAUCCCGCGUCAACGCCCCUCUUCUCCUCCGAGCCCGCCGCCAGUCCUACGCCGUGCCCGGACUUCCCUUGACGCCAAUGCGGGAGCUGAGUCUAGCAAGGCUGCCGAGGCUAGGUCCACACCGGAGCCUCGCCUGGUAACGCCACAGAUUGCGCAAGAAUUCUCCAUUCUCAAGCUGGAUCUCAAACUGGGCGCACUCCACCAAGUCGAGCUUGUCCACUCAUUAGAAAAAGCAUCGAUUGCAUCGCUUCUUGACGGCAAGAUCAGCUCCAGCAUCAAGCACCUCUUUGCGCUCCGAGAACGAAUUGAGGAUACGUCCAGCAAGGUCCUGAUCACUGGAGACUUGAAUGCCGGAAAGUCAACAUUUUGCAACGCCCUGCUCCGACGAAAGGUCCUUCCCGAAGACGAACAGCCUUGUACCGCGGUGUUUUGCGAGGUUCUUGAUGCCCGGGAGAACUCGGGCGUCGAAGAGGUCCAUGCCGUUCAUAUGGAUCAAGCCUACAACCGUCACGACGAGUCAACCUAUGACGUUUAUAGCUUACACGAGCUCGAGCAGAUUGUUGGCGACAACACGAAAUAUAUACAAUGCAAAGUCUACGUCAAGGACUCGAGGAGCAUUGACGAGUCUUUACUAAACAACGGUGUUGUGGAUAUCGCGCUCAUUGAUGCUCCAGGCCUCAACUCCGACACCACUAAAACAACCGCUGUUUUUGCGCGACAGGAAGAAAUUGAUGUAGUAGUGUUUGUUGUCUCUGCCGCCAACCACUUCACAAUCACAGCCCAAGAAUUUAUAUGGACGGCGGCUGCGGAGAAGGCCUAUCUUUUUAUCGUCGUCAACGGCUUCGAUACUAUCAAGAACAAGGACAAGUGCCAGAAAAUGAUUCUACAACAGAUCAAGGGACUUAGCCCCCAAACUUACAAGGAAUCUUCGGAGCUUGUUCAUUUCGUUUCCAGCAACUCGAUCCCCGUCGCACCACCACCUCCCGGAGGUCCCGGAGGCCCCGGAGGAAGCGGUGGUGGUGGCGGCGGCGGCGAUGAUGAUGGCGACGGGCCAAGCGGCGACCCGAAAGGCAAGGGCAAGGAUGUUGAGAAACUUCGGGACUUUCAAACUCUCGAACAAAAUCUGCGCAGGUUUGUUUUGGAGAAGCGUGCCAAGUCCAAGCUCACUCCCGCCAGGACUUAUCUUCUCAACAUCCUCAACGACCUCCACUCCCUUGCCACUGUCAACGCCGAGAUUGCCCAAUCCGAAAUUAGCCGCGUUACUCGGGAACUAGGAGAGAUUGAACCGCAGCUCGAAUCGGGCAAGAAGGCAGUAUCGGAUACGGCCGACAAGGUGGAGAAGGUGAUUGAAGACGCCAGCAGCGAAGUCUACAACUACAGCAGAACCACUCUGAACAACGCCAUAGAGAGAUCGGGAGACCAUACGCAUAACGUGCCCUACCCAGGCGUUUUUGGCGCCUUUGACUUUGCGGAUGAAGUCAAGGCAGCGAUGCUUGCGCACGUCGCACACUCAGUCAGCGUCUGUGAAGAGUACGCUCGAGGCAAGACGGUCACGGGUGUCAACAUCAUCAAACAGCUCGGCAUCCUACACGCGGGUGACGAGUUCCAGAACCUCAGCUUCCGGCCCGAUGUCAUGUUUAGUCGCAAGCGAGACGUGCUGGCGCGCCAGCUCCACGUUGAGACCGAGUUCUGGGACUUUGUCGACGUGGGCACGCUGCUUCAGAAGCAAGAAAAGGUCGCCGGCACUGGUAUGGCGCUCACGGUGGUUACGGCGGUAGGCAGUAGGGCGAUGGGAAUGAACACAUGGAUGGAUGGCGCGUUGGGCGCGGCAAGGUUCGUCAGCAAUGAUAACCUCCGCCGUCUUCUCCUGCCCGGCCUCUUGGUUGCUGCUGUUGCCGCGACGGCCUACGUCCUGAACCAGAUUCCCAACUCGCUUCCGAAGCGCCUGCAAGAGAAGAUCGCGGCCCAGCUUGCCGAGAUGGACUAUGUUCACUCCAACUCGACACGCAUCUCUGGUGCCGUGCGCAAGGUUUUACGGUACCCAGCUGACAACCUACGACUUUCCCUUGACCAAUCCGUCAAGGAGCUGGGCACGCGUCGGGACGAGACCCUCAAGGUCCGCGCCGAGAGCGAGGUGGCGCUCAAGUACUUUGGCAACCUCGUCCGCAAGAGUUCGGCGCAGAGGGACGUUGUUGAUGCCGUCGACCUCGAGAGCCCACCACCCGGAGCCGCCCACUACCACUAA